CCACGGUCUGUUGAGUGGAGCACUUUUCAUCGCGCGUAUCUCGUGUCUAUUUCCUUCGAUAAAAUAAACAUAUUCGCCCGGAAUAAAAUCCUUAUAAAAUGUUCGCGGAAUUAAAAUCAGUUUUUAGCGAAAAUUAUUUUUUGAAGAGAAAAAACAAUGAAUUGCUUCGUAGUGAUUCAACGCUCGCGCGAUAUUCGAAUCGACGUAUCGGAAACCGAGGAACGUGUUAAGUUUCUGUGCACGCCGCUCGAGAUGAGAAUCUUAUCUAAUGGAAAAUAAUGAUUGUUAAGGAAUGAAGGAACACGAAUUAUCAGAAAAAUUCCGCGGGAUCGCGAGAUAUAAUGAAUGGAUAAUUUGAUCGAUAUAGCGACCGACGACACUACUGACGGGGAAAAGCGCAAAGUAUGGAAUUUUCGGGCCAAAAUCUCUCGAUUAUCGACAAUAUCACGGAACUGAAUAUAAGCGAGUCCGAGUACAUAAAAUUGAUCUGGGGCCCGAAACAUCUGCCGCUAAAACUCGUCUUGCCGAUCACUCUCGUCUACAUCAUGAUCUUCGUCACCGGAAUAUUCGGCAAUGUGGUCACCUGCAUCGUCAUCAAACGAAAUCCCGUCAUGCAAAAUGCCACUAAUUACUAUUUGUUCAAUCUAGCAAUAUCUGACCUGCUUCUCUUGAUUCUCGGGCUACCCAAUGAGUUGAGCGUAUUUUGGCAACAAUAUCCAUGGACACUCGGAGUAGGUUUAUGCAAAAUCCGAGCAUACGUCUCAGAAAUGUCAUCUUACGUAUCAGUGUUAACGAUAAUGGUGUUUUCAUUGGAGCGGUACUUGGCGAUAUGCCACCCCUUGCAUUUGUAUGUGAUGAGCGGACUUAAACGACCUGUGCGAUUCAUCGUAGGCGCCUGGUUAUUAGCUCUUAUCUUUGCCCUGCCCUUUGCCGUUUACACCACCGUCAAUUACAUCGAGUAUCCGCCAAGAUCCGGUCGCUAUUCCGAGGAAUCGGCGAUGUGUGCCAUGCUGCUGCCUAACAUGCCCAAGUUCCCGCUUUACGAGCUCAGCUGUCUCAUAUUCUUUCUCGUGCCGAUGCUGUCGAUAGCGAUGCUCUAUGUGAGAAUGGGUCUCCGAAUACAAAGCAACGGCCUCGGGCAUAGCAUCGAGGGCUCCGUUCACGGAGAAACGAAGCAGGCUCAAUCACGAAAAGCCAUCAUCCGAAUGCUCAGUGCAGUCGUGAUAACAUUUUUUAUCUGCUGGGCACCCUUCCACGCUCAGCGAUUAUUGUACGUAUAUCAGGUGUCGGCCUUCGAAGUCAUCAACGAGUGGUUAUAUCCGCUGGGCGGUUGCUUGUACUACUUCAGCACAACCGCGAACCCGAUCCUGUACAACGUGAUGAGCGUCAAGUACAGGAUGGCAUUCAAGAAAACGCUUCGCUGCACGCCAACAAGCCCUACCAUCACGAGGGACGAUCUCAGCAGCAUGAGAGAUAGCACGGUGUGCGGUUGCGGAUCCAGAAGGGGAUCCCAGGUGGUCCGUGUAAGAAGCGUACAUUAUCAACGUAGCAUUAAAUGCAACAUGUCGCAUGCGAACAAGAUGCUUCGUUCGUCGACGAGAUUACGUUACGACGACGAGGACGACGAGGUGAGUUACUGCAGCGCGGAGAGAUCCUGCGACAUCCUUAGUCCUGACGCGCGGCUACAGGGCACGAGGACAUCCUCGUUCCUCGUGCAUUCGAAAAAUGGUAGGACCAAGUACUUGUCGAGCGAGAAAACGAAGGAUGACAUCGCGCAAAUGACAAUGGCAAAUGAAACGUGUAUCUGAUUCUCGGCUUAUUUUAAGAGAGGAAGAAAUAUUACGGUGUAAGAAUCGUAAAGAACAUUCCACAGACUGGAUAAAAAACUGCUGUGUCGCUCCUGCAUAUAUAACGAGGGUUAACUGAUGUGCAGAUUAACGGAAAACGUGCAUUAUCCCAAAAAGACGAUUAUUGGGGGAGAAGGUGCCGCGUUUUCCCCUCGCAAAAACAUAUCCGGGAUUUUAUGGAAAGUAAUGUUUUGCCGAAGUAAAGUUGUCAAGUGUCUGAGUGAAAAAUAAUAUGAGUGUCGCGGAGAUUGACAACAGUUAUAUUUACUUAUUAUAAUACGGGAAUAUAUAUAUAUAUAUUGCACAAUAUUGUGCAACCGAAUAAAAAUAUCCAGAGGUAAUUAAACUUCGCGGCGCGGAAUUAAUUUAAUAUGCACACUUCACAUAUAAAUUUAUAAGGAAAAUGUACGAAUGGCGGAAUCGAGUUGCAAGAUGAGAUCUAAAAUAUUCGACUAGAUAAUGGAUAAUAGAGUAGACGAUAGAAUAUAUUCAAUAUAUAAACAAAUGUUUGUUCUAACAAUAAGUGCAAAAGACUGAAGAAAAAUAAGAGACGAAAAUGAAGAACGUAUUGGCAAACGUUUGCAAUCUUAAGCAAUAAUUGAUGCGCUUCAAGUUGACCGUAAGAAUAAUUUAUAAAUGAACACGUAGCUUUUAAUCUUCUGAUUAUAAUUUGGCAGCAUCAAUAUGUGAAAAGUAUUAUAAAAUGGCAUAUCUUUGGGCUUUUUCAAUCUCAAUCAUUUUUCUAUAUUACUUUAUUUGCAAUAUCUCUGAAGACUAUUAUAACUUUAAAUCACCCACACAUACGAUAUCUAUUUAAUUUCUAUUACAAAUAAUCUAUUUUAAAUUAUCUAGUUAUUUUAAAUUAUCUAGUUUAAAUUAUCUAGUUUUAAAUUAUCUAAUAUUUAAAUCUAUUUUAUUUCUAUUGUAAAUAAUAAACAAUUUUUAUGAAUAAAAAUACUGUGCGAAUAAUUCUUUUAUCAAUAUAUCGUAUUAUAAAAUUUUAUUUCGCUAUUCGUACAGCUUUUUCGUAAAGUCGUAAAAUAAUUAAAAAAUAUUCAUUGACACAUAAUAUGUCUGUCGACAUUUUCACUAUUUUCGAACGCAAAAAAGUAAAAAAAUUAUAAGAUUGCACGAAAAACGGAUUUACGAGAGCGAGGUAAUAUAUUAAUGUGUCGACGGGGAACAAUCCUCUUUCAAAGAAUUCAAAAGAAUCGCAUGAACAUUUGAAGAACAAACGCGCGAUAAAUGAAAUGCAGAAAGCAAAGAGAGCAAGAGGAACGUAAGCUUCUUUGAGAAAUCCUAAAUUUUCAAUCAUGAAGAGAGAUAAAUAUACGAGAGAGAUGUGUCACACACUCGUUCGGCAUAUCGUAUCAACGAAACAGAUAGGACCUUUGGAAAUUUGAUCAACAGCGCGUUUUAUAAGCAUAUGUGUAACGUUGCAAGCAAACUAUCUCUUAAAUCGAAAAAAAGCUUUUGUGGAUCGAAACAAAGUUUAAGUCUCGCGAUUGCAAUGCAACUUUCGAAAGAAGCUCGCAAGCUUGUCUUGUUUUUCGAAUAGAAAGAGAGAGAGAGAGAGAGAGAAAGAGAGAAUCCAUUAUGCUUGUAUUAAGCUUGUAAUAAAAGACAAAUGUGUAAAUAUGUGUACAUGACUGUGUGUGUGUCUGUAUGUAUACGGCUGCGUAAGACAAACGUAUCGGAGAGAAGAGGAGUUUCAUGAUAUAUUCGCAUAAAAGAUUACUUGCACGAUGCUUCUUUAGGUAAUCUUGAGGGAACAUUGGUAAAAGGAAUUACUUUUCGUGCUCCAGAUACAAAAUGAGAGAUGUGUAAAGAAUUCUAAUGCGCGAGCGAGAAAAAGAGAGAGAGAGAGAAAGACAGAAAAGAUAUAAGAUCACGGGAUUCGCAUCCCCUAUCUAUUCCAGUCCCUUCGCGUGGUUAUCGGUGAUUUUAUCGUAUAAUCGGAGAUUUUCAUUUCCGCAAUACAUUUCCUUUUUUCCCCCCAUCUGCCUCGAAGGAAAUAAAUUGUCGCCGAGGUGUAUCGAUUAUCGAGACUGUCGACGGAUGUUCACACAUUUCUGUAUACGUGCAACAGCAGCAGAGUGGAUUCUCGUGUUACUUGGCUCUCUACUCAUCCGCGAUUGAUAAAUAUGAUUGAUUGAAAACUUUGUUAUGCGAUUGAAAACUAUCUCGCGAUUCCCGCAUGUACUAUGUCACUGAAUCGACCUCGUUUAAACACAUAAUACAUAUAUUUCAUAAUUUGUGAAUGUAAAACCAAAGAAAUCUAUUAUAAUAAAUAAGACAUUUUUCUUUCUACAGUAA